AUGACACCCUCAGAGCGAAAGCUCGAACUUGACAAAAGCACCAUAAUGGUGUCCCCUAAAAGUUUAGAGCGAAAGCUGACACAGAAGCAAGGUGGUGUUGUCAAUAGCCUUUUUUCUAAUGCCUCUUCCAUUAUCCAGAGGUUGCAGUUGAUCCAAAAUUCAAGUAACUAUGGGACUUUGAAAUUUGUUGAUGGCAUAGAGCGUGCUGUUUUGGCGAAGCAAAUGGAGUCCCUGCAAACCAUAUUGACCUCCAUGAACAAGACCACCAUCUACGUUGUGCUGUCCUCUUGGCGAGACUCGAUCGUCGUGCUCAAGAGCUGCGAGCCUCUUUCCCCGUGGGCAGAGAAUCUCCAGAUCGUGCGCAGGUGCAGUGAGUCCAUUGCUUGGAAGGCGUGUGCGAAUCCGAAAGGGAUUCGGUGGCAGUAUACAGGCCAGGCCUCGUCGAGCCCGAGAUGGAAUGAGGCUAAGGAAUCGGUUAGCCCGGGCCGGGCACCUGUUGUCCCACCCGACUGGUGGUUCGAGGAUGUGUCGAUUCUUCGGAUCGAUCAUUUUGUGCGGGUGGUGACGGCUAUCAAGGUGAAGGGCAUGCGGCACGAUCUUAUUGGGGCUGCUAUUACGUAUUAUGCCGGGAAGUGGCUCCCGGGACAGAUGGCGGCGGGAGUGCAGGCGGAUGAUGGUGGGAGUAGUGGCGGCAGUAGCGGCAGGGCGGGGUGGAAAGGAGGGCUGCAUAUGAUUGUGUCGGGGAUUAAGGAGGAAGGUGUGCCGGCUGCAGGCUCCGUGCAGGCCAAGGACCAGAGGAUGAUAGUGGAGAGCCUAAUAAGCAUAAUCCCCCCACAGAAGGACAGCGUGUCGUGCAGCUUCCUCCUCCGACUGCUGAGGACGGCCAACAUGCUAAAGGUGGCACCUGCCCUCGUCACAGAGCUCGAAAAACGUGUAGGAAUGCAGUUCGAGCAGGCGGUCCUUGCCGACCUCCUCAUACCCACUUACGGCAAGGCCGAGACCAUGUAUGACGUGGACCUCGUGCAGCGGCUGCUGGAGCACUUCCUGGUGCAGGAGCAGUCGGAGGAUUCGAGCCCCGGCCAGCAGCAGUCGUUAUCGGAGGCCUCCAAGCUGUACGAUGGGGCCCACAGAGCAGUGGUGGGAAACCCGAACGCCAAGGCCAGGGUGGCGAGGCUGGUGGACAGCUAUCUGACGGAGGUAUCGAGAGAUAGGAAUCUUUCGCUCACGAAAUUUCAGGUGCUGGCCGAAGCCCUGCCGGAGUCCGCUAGGACCUGUGAUGACGGGCUGUAUAGGGCCGUGGAUUCCUACCUUAAGGCACACCCGACUCUAACCGAGCACGAGCGCAAACGCCUGUGCCGAGUGAUGGACUGCCAGAAGCUGUCGAUGGACGCGUGCAUGCACGCAGCCCAAAACGAGCGGCUCCCGCUGCGCGUGGUUGUUCAGGUCCUCUUCUCGGAGCAAGUCAAGAUCAGCAACGCACUCGCCACGUCAUCCCUCAAGGAAACCCCCGGUGGGCCCCACCACUACCAGCCCCUCUUCGAGCUCGACAGCGUGAAAUCCAAGUACGCGGAGCUUCAAGGAGAGGUGGAGGCCCUGCAGCGCCAGCUCGACCGGGCCGCGCUCAAGCCCAAGCACUCGUCCGCAUGGACUAGCGGGUGGAAGAAGCUCAGCCGCCUCGCCAGGACGAAUGAUGUGGGCCCCGCGCAGCACCAGGAGCCGGGGGGCCCGGACCUCGUGCCCCGGAAGGGGCCCAGGAGGUGGAGGAACUCCAUUUCUUGA